AGGAAUGGUGAAAUCAUGCAAGAACGAUGAUGAAUUGCAAUUGACUUUGGAAAAUCUUGUGAGAAUUAAAUUACCAAAGGAAGAUCUUAUUUUAUCCACAAUCAAAUUAAGCGUGGACCGUCUACCAACUUCCUCAUUGAAACAAUGUUUUGCCUACUGUUCAAAUUUUCCACCAGACUAUUGCUUCUACAAGGAAGCACUUGUUCAAAUGUGGAUAGCACAAGGGUUUAUUCAACUACCCAAUGGAAGCAAUGUAACGACGGAGGAUAUUGGAGUGAGGUAUUUCGAUAUUUUAUUGUCUCGCUCUUUGUUUCAAGAUGUUGUCAAGGACAAAAGAGGAAAAAUUAAAUAUUGUAAGAUGCAUGAUCUUAUAUAUGAGGUCGCAUGUGCUAUUUCAAAUGAUCAAAAUUUGAGAGGGGACCUUAUAACAGAUGAAGAAUCUCAAGGUGGCGAAGUUUUAUCGAUCCGCCAAAGAAGAAGAACAGUUUAUUAUUGUGAAAAUUUAUCCUUUGAUAUGAUCACCAACUUCAUCUACUUGCGCAUUUUAAUUAUUGAUAAUGGGUACAUAACUGAACUGCCAGAUACAAUCGUUAAAUUGAAGCAUUUGAGGUAUUUUGACAUUUCAAAGUCUCGAAUAAGUAAACUUCCAAAAUCUAUCGUUUUGCUUUACAAUUUGUAGACUUUGAAGCUUGGAUGGGAUGUAAAGCUUCCUACAGAAUUGAGAAAGUUGGUGAACUUAAGGCGUUUAGAAUUUGAUUUGUAUUAUUCAAAUCGAACUAAGCAAAUGCCUAAACAUUUAAGUCGAAUGACACAACUUCAAACGCUUUCUGGUUUUAUAGUUGGGUAUGAUGAUGGAUGUAAGAUUGAGGAGCUUAGACCUUUAAAAAAACCUUAAAGGUAAAUUAUGGUUUUUAUAUCUCGAGCAAGUCAAAAGUAAACAUGAGGUCAUCGCUGCAAAUUUAGUAGAGAAGGAAAAUAUGUCUGAUCUAUAUUUUAAAUGGAGUCUUGAAAGAGAAGACUGUGAUGACAAUGAUUUGAACGUGUUGGAAGGGCUUCAACCACACAAAAACCUUCAAGCAUUGAGGAUCCAUGGAUUUGGCAGUAAACUUAUACCCAAUGGUAUUUUUGUUGAAAACUUGGUUGAGCUACGUCUUUUUGGUUGCAAAAGAUGUGAAACUUAACCAAUUUUGGGACAGUUGUCCAAACUUGAGUUUCUU